GAACCGAGUGACUUUACAAACAUUUCACUGGAGGGUGACCCUGAACCACCCAAAAAGAAAACUCCACGAAGGUUGAUCUACUGCAGUGAUGGGGUUUUAGAAGAAUACUCAACAGAUGAAGAAGAGGAUAAACCCAUAGAACCAAAGAUCAACCCAAAAGAGCUGAAUUGGUUGCCUUGGUUUUGGUAUUACAUUGUGAACACAGCAAAAGGAACGCUAUAUGUGGCAGACACUUGUGGAGAAAAGCUAGCAUGGUUUUUUGGCAUCACCACACCAAAAUACCAGUAUGCAAUAGAUGAAUACUACCGUCUUAAAGAAGAGGAGGAGAGAGAAAAGGCCAAAGAGAAAAGAGACCAAGAAAUGUUUGAAGAAAAGAAAUUGUCCCAAGUCAGAGUAGACAUGCCUCAUAAACUAGAUAAGAAUGAAGAUAAAACAAAAGAAUCCGAGGAACAAUCCACAGUGACAAAAUGGCAAAAUCCAAAUCAAAGCAAGUGUAUUCAUCAGGAUUUAAGAAGGGAUCAGAUAUAUUACAUUUGUAUAUUUAUUAAAAUGUUUCUAAUUUUUUGUAUGAAUGGUGGUGUUCACUAAUUAACAAUAUGUGAUUAUAGAAUCUCUGCUUAUUUAAAGUCCUUUGUAAAGUUUAAAAAAAAAUGCUAGUCCUCUUGCCUUUUU